GGAGGCGGGUCGUAACUUCAGGUUCAGGCUAGCUUGCGCGGUCGUAUCAUUCAAGUUUGCGUGCAGAAGAAUGACUAAUAAUAUCAAUGUCGUCAGGAGCAUCUAAGAUUUAUGUCUGAGAGGUUAAUUAUUUCAAAGGAGCCGUUCGGUAAUAUCGUUCAGUGCAGGGUAUUUACUACGAACGCAGCGCGGUGUCAGUUAGGUUUAUGUUGGUGAAGCUCAACUGGGAAAAUGCAAACGUAAGCCAGGCCAGAUAGCUGAACGCUGGCUGGCUGUAAUUCAACCACACGAGAGCAUAAAUGAUUUCAUGAACGAAUUUGCAGAGUUGGUCUUCAACAGUGGUGAAGAUGCGGAAGGACGUCAGAAUAUUACUGGUGGGAGAGCCCAAGGUGGGGAAGACUUCCCUGAUCAUGUCCCUGGUCAGCGAGGAGUUCCCACAGGUGGUGCCCUACCGGGCUGAAGAGAUCACCAUACCGGCAGACGUCACCCCAGAGAGAGUUCCUACACACAUAGUAGACUACUCAGAGGCGGAACAAACAGAUGAGCAGUUGUCUUCAGAGAUAUCGAAGGCCAAUGUGAUUUGCAUAGUGUACGCCGUCAACAACAAGAAGUCCAUUGAGAAGGUGACCAGCCAUUGGAUUCCACUUAUAAAUGACAAUACAGACAAGGACAGCAGGGUUCCUGUCAUCCUGGUCGGGAACAAGUCUGACCUGGUGGAACACAGCAGCAUGGAGACCAUCCUGCCCGUCAUGAACCAGUACACUGAGAUAGAGACAUGUGUGGAGUGUUCAGCAAAGAACCUGAAGAACAUAUCUGAGUUGUUUUACUACGCCCAAAAAGCUGUCCUGCACCCCACUGGCCCUUUAUACUGUCCAGAGGAGAAACAGAUGAAGCCUGCUUGCAUCAAAGCGCUGACUCGCAUCUUCAAGGUGUCAGACCUGGACAACGAUGGGAUUCUCAAUGAUAACGAGCUCAACUUCUUCCAGAGGACAUGCUUCAAUGCCCCACUGGUAUCCCAGGCCCUGGAGGAUGUGAAGAACGUUGUGAGGAAGAAUGUGAUCGACGGUGUAUGUGACAACGGCCUCACUCUCAAAGGGUUCCUGUUCCUCCACACCCUCUUCAUCCAGAGGGGGAGACAUGAGACCACCUGGACGGUCCUCAGGAGAUUCGGCUACGAUGACGACCUGGAACUCCACCAGGACUACCUGUUCCCACUCACGUUGAAAGUACCUCCAGACUGCACCACUGAGCUGAAUCACAAUGCCUACCUCUUCCUCCAGAGUGUCUUCGACAAACAUGACAAGGACCGGGACUGUGCCCUGUCCCCAGAGGAGCUGAAGGACCUGUUUGACGUGUUCCCCUACAUGCCCUGGGGUCCCGACGUCAACAACACGGUGUGCACCAAUGACGAAGGCUGGAUCACCUACCAGGGCUACCUGUCCCAGUGGACGUUGACCACCUACCUGGAUGUCCAGCGCUGCCUGGAGUACCUGGGUUACCUUGGUUACUCCAUCAUCUCUGAGCAGGAGUCCCAGGCAGUGGCCAUCACAGUGACGAGGGACAAGAAGAUUGACCUGCAGAAGAAGCAGACCCAGCGCAGUGUGUUCCGCUGUAACGUCUUCGGGGACAGCGGCAGUGGCAAGAGUGGCUUCCUGCAAGCCUUCCUCGGAAGAAACCUCACGCGUCAAAACACUGUUAGCGAAGAGCACAUGUCCUACUAUGCUAUCAGCACAGCAUAUGUGUAUGGUCAGGAGAAAUACCUACUGCUCCACGAGGUCUUCCCGGACUUUGACGUCCUCUCGGACACUGACCUAGCUUGUGACAUUGUGUGUCUGGUGUACGACGCCAGCAACCCCCACUCCUUCGAGUACUGCGCCAGAGUCUUCAAGCAGUACUUCAUGGACACCAAGACGCCGUGCAUGAUGAUCGCUGCCAAGUCGGACCUCCAGGAGGCCAAGCAGCUCUACGCCCUCACCCCUCUGGAGUUCUGUAGGAAGCACAAGAUGCCCCCUCCGCAGGCCUUCACCUGCAACACGGCAGACGCACCCUGCAAAGACAUCUACACCAAACUCACCACCAUGGCCAUGCACCCUCACGCUCGGCUGCGCUGUAUGUGUACCUGUAACAGGUGCACCUUCUGCCACCUGCAGAACUUCAUCAACUCAGAGCUGGUGCAGACGGUGAAGGCCAAGCUCUACACCGCUAUUCUCAGCAGAUAUGUGACACAGGCUGACUUGAAGAGCUCCACCUUCUGGUUGAGAGUGAGCGCGGGAGCCACUGUGUUCGCCGUGCUGGGAUUCGCCAUGUACAGAGUGCUGCUCAAACAACGGUGAUCCACCUACCACCGUGCAAAUCUAACCUCUGCGAUACUUGUACCCAAAUCUGUUUGUGCUUUUUUGCCAACUACUAGGUCUAUAAGUGAAAAGCUAGGAUUCACUCCAGUCUCCCAUUGACAUCAAUACAUGACUAAGUGAAAAUUCAACUUAGGAUCUGCCCCAUAGGAAAUAGGAGUUGGCAGGACCGCACAAACAGAUCUUGGACCAGGCUAAACCUUGUACCCUCUCCCAAUAAAUAUCUCUGUACGGUCAUAAACAUCAGUAUGUCCCCCAUGUGAUGAGGGGAAAAAUCUAACUUUAUUUAGUUUUACACUAGAGAUUCACAAGAAAAUGACUGCUAUUGUUCUUUAUUUGGUGUCUGCGCACUCAGUAGUCUAUAUAUAAUAUUUAUAUUCAAAAUGUGAUUAUAUAAGUACUGAUGAAGCUCGUGAUUUCUUCUCUUUGCACAAAUAUAUAUAUAACAUUUUUGGGGGAUACAUGUGUGGAUUGAAAUGGUUGAAACAACUCAAUCUUAAUCAGUUGAAGUAAGGGUAGUGAAAUGGUGUGAAACAACUCGAUCUUAAUCAGUUGAAGUAAGGGUUAGUGAAAAUGGUGGAAACAACUCGAUCUUAAUCAGUUGAAGUAAGGGGUAGUGAAAUGGUGAAACAGGACUUAAUCAGUUGAAGUAAUGGGUAGUGAAAUGGGUGAAACAACUCGAUCUUAAUCAGUUGAGUAAGGGUAGUUGAAAUGUGUGAAACAAACUCGAUCUGGUGAAACAACUCGAUCUUAAUCGUUGAAGUAAGGGUAGUGAAUGGUGAACAACUCGAAUCUUAAUCAGUUGAAGUAAGGGUAGUGAAAUGGUGAAACAACUCGAUCUAAUCAGUUGAAGUAAGGGUAGUGAAAUGGUGAAACAACUCGAUCUUAAUCAGUUGAAGUAAGGGUAGUGAAUGGUGAAACAAUCGAUCUUAAUCAGUUGAGUAAGGGUAGUGAAAUGGUGAAACAACUCGAUCUUAAUCAGUUGAAGUAAGGGUAGUGAAAUGGUGAAAACAACUCGAUCUUAAUCAGUUGAAGUAAGGGUAGUGAAAUGGUGAAACAACUCGAUCUUAAUCAGUUGAAGUAAGGGUAGUGAAAUGGGAAAGCAAAAGAACCAAUCCAUACCAACAACAUGCUUUAAACAAAUACUGAAGCAAUGUGGAAAUAUAUAACUGCUUGUAUGUUUGUUUUAUUUGAACAAACGGGACAUUAUGAAGUUCAUGUGCUGAAGCUAUAAUGGUACAACAAAGCCACAUUCGAUGCUAUAAAGGGAUUCGCUUUCACUCCGUAAUUUAGUCGUUUCUAAUAUCCUCAAACCUGUUCAGUAAAGGCUGUUCUGUUAUUAAAAGGUUGUUCUUUAGUUUGCCUUCCAGGGCCAGAAGCUUGGUGGCACACUUACACAUUUUGUAAGGCUGAAACGGUCCAUGUUCAAUCAAUGGAUGUUCUGGUUGGGAUGCCUGCGCCGUAUGUCUGAGCCUUACCCCUAGAACUCAGUAAGGCAGAAGUAUCCUCUGUGGCCCUCACAUGGCUUCCUGUAUGGGUAUGGACCACCCAGGUGGUGUGUGUGUGUGUUGGGCAUGCAUGUCAAAUCAAACAGUGUGUGUUGGGCAUGCAUGUCAAAUCAAACGGUGUGUGUUGGGCAUGCAUGUCAAAUCAAACGGUGUGUGUUGGGCAUGCAUGUCAAAUCAAACGGUGUGUGUUGGGCAUGCAUGUCAAAUCAAACAGUGUGUGUUGGGCAUGCAUGUCAAAUCAAACGGUGUGUGUUGGGCAUGCAUGUCAAAUCAAACAGUGUGUGUUGGGCAUGCAUGUCAAAUCAAACGGUGUGUGUUGGGCAUGCAUGUCAAAUCAAACGGUGUGUGUUGGGCAUGCAUGUCAAAUCAAACGGUGUGUGUUGGGCAUGCAUGUCAAAUCAAACGGUGUGUGUUGGGCAUGCAUGUCAAAUCAAACGGUGUGUGUUGGGCAUGCAUGUCAAAUCAAACGGUGUGUGUUGGGCAUGCAUGUCAAAUCAAACGGUGUGUGUUGGGCAUGCAUGUCAAAUCAAACGGUGUGUGUUGGGCAUGCAUGUCAAAUUGUGUGUGCUUGCUAUGUGAGGCUGUACAGUUAUAUUUGCAGGAGCUGUAUUUGCAUGCGUUGCUUUUUUCUGAUCAUCAUCCAAUAUUGUUAUCAAAUAUACUGUUAUUAUGAAGCCAACAUUCCUCACAAUGGUACUAUUCCAAUUAUCCAAAUGUUAUCCAGCACCUCCAACUCCCAGAACAUUAGGACAAUUGUGUUUCACAUUUUGCCUUUCCAAUGUUUAUAAUAAAUAAAUCCACUUUAAUCCUGUCAAGAAUGUUUUUAUUGCAUUUGGGAUCCAUCCUUUUUCCCCCAUAAUGCACUUUAUAUA